AUGCAGGCUGUGCUUCUGGAACUCCUCACUCACCCACUCCCAAACCCAACAAUUCGCGCGUCCACCAACCGAACGAAACCACUAAGCCUCACCCGUCACCACCACCCUCACGUGACCCUCCUCUACGAGGACCCACCAAGUUCCACAACCUACGCUUCGAUUCUCGAAUGUUGUUGGUCCCCCACUUUGGGAAAACAGGUUCACGCCCACGCCAUCAAAUCCGGUUUUCACGACCACCAGUUCGUUGCAACCAAGUUGCUACAAAUGUACGCCAGUAACGGCUCUCUUGAGAACGCGUGCCACGUGUUCGACACAAUGCCUCUUAAAAACUUGCAUUCUUGGACCGCACUCCUGCGUGUUCACGUUGAGCUGGGGCUCUUUGAGGAAGCGUUUUCUUUAUUUGAACAACUGCUUUACGAAGGGGUGCCAGAGGAAAUGGAGUUUUUCGUGUUCCCUGUGGUGUUGAAGAUUUGUUUUGGCCUUGGUGGUGAUUUGGGGUUGGGUAGGCAAUUACAUGGGUUGGUGUUGAAACGUGAGGUUUUUAAGAAUGUUUAUGUGGGCAAUGCUUUGAUAGAUAUGUAUGGUAAAUGUGGGAGCUUAGGUGAGGCUAAGAAAGUUCUAGAAAGAAUGCCCCAAAGGGAUUGUGUCUCGUGGAAUUCUAUUAUCACUGCUUGUGUUGCUAAUGGGUUGGUAUAUGAGGCAUUAGAUCUCUUGCAAAAUAUGUCUGCGGGGGAGAGUGGUUUAGCACCCAAUCUUGUUUCUUGGAGUGCGGUUAUCGGCGGAUUCGCGCAAAACGGUUAUGAUGUUGAGUCAAUUGAACUACUUGCAAGAAUGGUAGUAGAUGCAGGGAUGAGACCGAAUGCUCGAACGCUGGCGAGUGUUCUUCCGGCUUGUGCGAGGAUGCGAUGCCUAAGCCUUGGGAAAGAGCUGCAUGGCUAUGUUGUUAGACAUGAGUUCUUCUCCAAUGCUUUUGUUGUGAAUGGGUUAGUGGAUAUGUAUAGGAGGUGUGGUGAUAUGAAAAGUGCUUUCAAAGUGUUUACCAAGUUUUCCAGGAAAUGUGCCGCAGCUUACAAUACUAUGAUAGUUGGUUAUUGUGAAAACGGCAAUGUCUUGAGGGCCAAGGAGUUGUUUGAUCAGAUGUAUCAAGAAGGGGUAAAGAGGGAUAGAAUAUCAUGGAAUGCAAUGAUAUCAGGGUAUGUGGACAGUUUCCUGCUUGAUGAAGCCUUUAGCUUGUUUCAAGAUUUGCUGAAGGAAGGGAUUGAACCGGACUCUUUCACUCUUGGAAGUGUCCUUACUGGCUGCACUGAUAUGGUUUCUAUUCGACGAGGGAAAGAGAUUCAUUCCCUGGCCAUUGUCAAAGGUAUGCAGUCCAAUAGUUUUGUGGGUGGAGCUUUGGUAGAAAUGUACUCAAAAUGCCAGGACAUAGUAGCUGCUCAAAUGGCAUUUGAUGAUGUAAGUGAAAGAGAUGUUCCAACUUGGAAUGCUUUGAUAUCAGGGUAUGCCCACAUUGAUCAAACUGAAAAGAUUGGAGAACUUCUCCAGAAAAUGAAAGGGGAUGGUUUUGAACCAAACGUGUAUACAUGUAAUGGUAUUAUAGCUGGCUAUGUGGAACAUAAACGGUAUGAUUCAGCAAUGAAAUUGUUCUCUGAAAUGCAGAUUGAAAGUUUAAGGCCUGACAUAUACACAAUUGGAAUAAUUUUAGCAGCAUGUUCGAAGUUGGCUACAAUCCAACGGGGAAAGCAGGUCCAUGCGUAUUCCAUAAGAACCGGGCAUGACUCAGAUGUUCACAUUGGAGCUGCUCUGGUAGACAUGUAUGCAAAAUGUGGGGAUAUUAGGCACUGCUAUCAUGCCUAUAACAGGAUAUCGAAUCCGAAUGUGGUGUCCCACAAUGCUAUGCUCACUGCAUAUGCCAUGCAUGGACAUGGGGAAGAAGGAAUUGCCCUUUUUCACAAAAUGUUAGCUGGCAAAGUUAAACCAGACCAUGUGACUUUCCUAUCAGUUCUUUCUUCCUGUGUUCAUGCUGGAUCAAUUGAGAUUGGCCAUGAAUGCUUAGAUUUGAUGGUAACUUACAAUGUGACGCCCACAUUGAAGCAUUACACAUGUAUGGUUGACCUCUUGAGUCGUGCAGGCAAGCUUGACGAAGCAUAUGAACUUAUCAAGAACAUGCCAAUGGAAGCUGAUGCAGUGACCUGGAGUGCUCUGCUUGGUGGUUGUUUUAUUCAUAAUGACGUAGCCUUAGGUGAAAUUGCAGCAAAAAGGCUCAUAGAAUUGGAGCCUUAUAACACUGGAAACUAUGUUAUGUUAGCAAACUUGUAUGCUUCUGCAGGGAAAUGGUAUUAUCUUGCCCAAACUAGACAAUUAUUGAAGGAUAUGGGAAUGCAGAAGAGUCCAGGAUGCAGUUGGAUAGAAGAUAGAGAUGGGGUUCAUGUGUUUCUUGCUAGUGAUAAAGCUCACAAAAGAACAGACGAGAUAUAUUCUUUUCUGGACAGUUUGACUAAUUUGAUUAGAAUAAAGCAUACGAGUCAUUUAUAACAUGAGCAAAUAUUGGAUAUCCAACAUAAUUGGAUCAACUAUAGAAAUGCAGUAGCUUCUUAUAUAGACAUAAUAACAUUACAUAUAUAAAAUUCAUCAUAUAAUAAGAGUUACAGUCUAGACAAACUUCCAAUUUUAAAAAUGGGAAACAAGAUGAGCUAUUAGUCAAGGAAUACACAAUUUUACGAACUGGGAAUAAACAGCUUAAUGCUUAUCUUACAACCUCACUUCAAGCAAUUCCAAGUAAUAUUAAUAAGGAAAUUUAAGAGACAAUGACAAAUUUUAGAAAGGUAAGACAAGACCCUCCUGUACAUUAUAAAAGUAUGAAUGAACAAACAUCGAGACUGGAAUGAAUGGAAUAAAGAGAAUUAUAAGGGAAUGCUACCAGUUUUCCUUUACAAUUUUUGAUUUUUCAAGUAUGAAUUUUCCUUCCUUGUACUUCUGUGAUGCUUCAUAAGCUUUUUCAUAUUUCCAACCCAACACUUCAUGGCAGUCACCACAAUAAACAUCAGCAACAGUGUGGAGGCCAGUCGUGAGAUGCCUGUCUUCUUUUGGACCUACCACAAUAUUCACUGCAUGGGAGAACAGAAAACCUCGGCCAUUUCUUCCCUGCUCAUAAAAUUUUGCAUGAAAGGAAUAUCAGACUAAGAUCGGGAAAAACUUAUAUUCCUCUUAAAACAAAGGCAAGUUUCAUCAACCAAAAACCCAAGGUUAAAGAACACGUAAAAGUUCAAAUAUGAAAACGCCCUUUUCAGCAAAUUGAUGGUAAAAAUGUGUCUUCAGCAUACACAACCUGAAUUGCCGCAAUUACCACAAGCCUCACUCUUAACACUUGCCAACAUAUAAAUCAGGUAUCAAUGAAACUCACUACCCCCUAGAACUAGGCAUUUUCAUCUAUUAUUACAAUGAAUCAGCAUUGAACUUGGAUACAUAAUAAAUUCAUCAAUAUCUGUAUGUAGUAUCGAUCUAAUAUAGAGAAAAAGAAUGAGAAGUCCAACUUUCAACCAUAAAAUAAAAAGCAAAAUGUUAUUUACUUCACAAAUUUGAACACCGUCUGCAUUCCUUAAUCAAACAUUUGCUACAUAAACUUGUACACCCAGUCACACACGAAGAGCUCAAACCAUAAAUUUGACCAUAAGACUUAUUCGAAUAACUUAAGAGCUUAUUUGAUAAGUUUUACCUAUAAACUUAUCAAAAUAAGUUAAGAAGGGCUUAUAGUAGUCUCAUUGCCCAUUUAGAAGAGUUUGCAGUUACCUAUAGAAAUAACUUAUGACUUUCAUAGACUCUUUUUAGCUUUUUCUUUUAAGUUUCUUGGUAUAACUUACUAAAACAAUUAUUUCUAACUUAUUUCAAAAAGUUUCGAGGUUAAAUUUAUGUCAUAAAUAUAAUUUCAAAAUAACUUAUUGAAUAGGCGCUUAAUUCCUUAAACUAUUUCCAUAACCCCAAAUAAACUCCCUGUAAGACCAAACACCUUUUAAUAAAUGUACAUGCUUGGCUUUGGAAGCAGGAUCCACUCACAAUGAUGACUGAAAAAACAAGCGUACCCUGCUUUCCUCCAUUUGCAAAACUUGACUUCCACUCCAUCCCGCACAAAACAAAACAAAAAAAAAUCCUAAAAUUUUCAUUUAACCCUUAUUUAACGCAAUACAACUUAAUCUUGAGAAAUGGAGGAGCAAGGUUUGAAGAUGGAAAGCAAAAAUAAAACAAAGCACAACCAAGACGAGAUUUUCUAGUACCAUUUUAUUAGGACUAGAAGGAUAGCAAACUACCCAGAAAAUAAAGCGCCUGAAAUUCCAUCAUCUAAGAAUAAUUAGCAUUCUCAUCCAAACUCCACAAAUUUAUAAACCCAAAAAGAAUUAUAAUAAAAAAAGAACGAUACACGAACCUGAAAGGUUUUAGCAAUUAUAUCAUCGUGAUGUGACACUUGGUUUCUACAAUUACAACAACAAUACAAACGGGGCACUAUCAUUUCCCCCAUUAAUUUGUCAACAAUUUCAAACUAAACUCGUCGCAGCUCUGAAAAAUUAAACAAUAAAAUCUCAGUUACAGAGGACUGAGGAAAGCACACAACAAGAGGUUUAGAUCAGAUACUAAUCCCAAAAGGGUUAGAAGAAAGCCUGCAAUAAAUAAAAAUUGGGAUGUUAAUGGGAUAGUAGUAAAAUUUCUUUACCCACAACAAACAAAUGAUGACCCAACGAUCUGCAAAUAUAAAUUGAUCUAGCAUUAAUUGCAAAUUUUGAGAAAUGAACAAACAUUAAAAAAAGAAAGAUAGAAAAAGAGAAGUUCUGCAAAACAGUGGAAUAAUAUCCUAAACGUAGAAGAUUAAUUUUAUAAAACAAAAUAG